AUGUCUCUCUCCCCAGAACAGCACUAUGAGCAACUUGUCGCUGGCAAGAACCUCUCCGGCGACGACGUCCAAGCUGCCUUUGACAAUCUCCAGCCUAUCAAGCCUGAGCACUUCUUCGGGACAUGGAAAGGAGCCAAUGUGAACACCGGCCACCCCACCGAGGAAAAGCUCACUGGCAUGAACUGGGCUGGCAAGACAUUCCGCUCGACGGAGGAUGUUGAUCCCAUCGAGGUCUACCAGGAAAACGGCGAAAGAGUGUGGAAUCCAGACUGGGGACAUGCUCGGCUUCGCCAGAUUGAGUGGAAAGGGAAAGUUUCUACUGCUAUGAUUUAUGAUGAUGUCCCUAUCAUCGAUUACUUCCGCUAUGUUAAGGAGGAUAUGAUUGCUGGCGCCAUGGAUGCGAAGAUUGCUCCCGGUGGCACCUAUUACUUUUACUUGUACAAGUGA